GCCCUUCAUUGCACCAUUCACAUACAUGUCUAGCAAAGCAGUCAAACCGAACAAACUCGUAUUCAAAGGCGAUAAAGAUAAAAAGAAGAAAAAGAGAAAACAUCAUCACGAUAGUGACGCUCGCAAUGACGCCGACGCCCUUAACAACGAAGGAUGGGUGAGAGCGGAUUCACUGGACGAUCUGGUAGGACCUUUAUUCAUUACCCAUCCGAGUGAUCCACCUAUUUGUAUAACAACGGACAAAGAGAACCGAUUGCUGGCCUACCCAUUACCAGAACUCGCCGAAAACACGAAACCCGAACCAGUGAUUGUGGAGCAGGUUAUUGUAGGUGCCCGACUGGUGGGGACUACCAAUUCGUUCACGUUCAAAUCGUGCACUGGCAAGUAUCUCGGCAGCGACAAGUUUGGCGUAGUGACGUGCGAUAGCGAAGCGAUCAGUGGACAAGAAGAAUGGAAUCCCGCCAUCACCGAAGCAGGCAUUGCUUUCCAGAAUGUCCAUGGAAAAUAUCUGAUGGUGGAUGAAAUCGCCAACGGAGGCUUCAAAAUUCGAGCAGAUGCCGAAGAAGUCGGGUUCUGUGAAGCCUUUCGCGUGUAUUGCCAAGCACGAUUUAAGCAUAAAAAUAAGAGCGAAAAGAAGAAGGCGCUGCCGGCGGGGGCGGCCGAGAUCGAUAAUAUACGAAAAUAUCAAUCAUGGGGUGCAGGACGGAUUCACACUACCAAAGAAGACGAGCGUGAACUGAAAAGGGCAAGGCAAGAAGGCCGCGCCGCAGAAGCCAUGCUUGAUCGUCGUGCAAAGGUGAAGGCUGAUCGAUACUGUAAAUAAAAUUUUGAAACAAGACAUGUACAUCACACAUCAUGUUGAUCUGUAUACAAAACUUGUUUAUUUCUUUUUGAUCCACACCCCCUGCUCAUCCACAAAUCGGGCCAGAC